AAGCAAUUUCUGUCUAUGGUACGCCUUUACAUCUCCCGAUGGUGAUGAUUUUGAUCCUUUUGUGAUAACCAAGAUAUUCAACGCCUUGUCAACUUGAGAUAUUAACGAUUAUCGCAACCAUGCCGAAGGUGAAAUGCAUGCAUUGCGGUGUGGUCCUCGAACGCCACAAGAUGCCACACCAUAUACGAGAACUCCAUAACUUCAACGAUCCUUUAAAGCCCGGGCAGCCCAACCGAAAUGCAUCCAAGAUGUUGUUCGGGGAAUGGCAAGCCAAGGAAAGCACCCACCCAGCUCCUGUCAUCACUCAACCGGAACGCGCAACAUUCCAGUGGGAAAUCCAAGACAUCGUGCAUGAGUUCACCGCCUUGCCGGAUCAACUGAGACAAGCGUGCAGCGAGAGCGUUGAGACCCUGCCUGUUCUUGGGGCAUUGUACGCGUACACCUUCACGCAUCUUCAACUAUGCGCUCCAGAGAAACGAAGUCUUAUCGCCGAACUUGAAGACCUAAAGGCGAAGUUGAUAAGAGAAGGCGAUACCUGUCUUUCGAAUCUAAAGACUACGAAGGAUGGACUUGUUCACAUUCUACAAAUGUCACAAGUCGAGAAACACAUUUGCAAUACUGGCCUGAUCAACGAAAAGAAAUUGCACGACCUCGACAUCAACAACAUAGGAGCGUUGAUUGUCGAGCACAUAACAUCGAAUGAGCGUGCCCACGCUUUCUACGCCGCCGAUGACAACGCACAGUUCAUGGUCGAGAUACUGCAAAAUCUACUUACGGCUCGGUCUGAAAUUCUGGAAAAAUAUAGAAGGUAUCUGGUGAAUGCUGUGAUCAAACUGUCAAGGAAAUCUGGACGGUUCCCACAGAGUUUGCAACUUUGUCGCAUUCAGGACUUAAAACAUACCGAAUUUCAUGGCGGGUUUGGCUUGAUCUAUCAAGGCAAGCUAAACGGCCGCCUUGUUGCCGUGAAAAAGGUGCUAGAGGGUAAACGUUCCAAAGAACAAUUUAAUAAAUCAUUUUCUAACGAAGCGGUAGUCUGGUACUAUGUACGACAUCCAAACUGUCUUCCGUUCUACGGCGUAUACGUCUUUAAUGACGCUGAGAAGACCUGGUGUCUGGUAUCCCCCUGGAUGACAGACGGUCAUGUCAAUCACUACCUUAAGGAGCAUCCUGAUGCUGACAGGUAUCCACUGAUCCUGGAUGUUGCACGCGGCCUGGAGUACUUGCACUCGAUGGAGCCAACAGUGAGUCAUGGCGAUCUGAAAGGCGUCAAUAUCCUGAUAACGUCUUCCGAGCGUGCAUGCAUAGCGGAUUUUGGAAUUGUAACGGCUCGAGACCCUAAUAUUCAAAUGACCACAACAACAUCCGGUGUCGUAGGGACGCUUCACUUUAUGGCUCCAGAACUUCUAGCCGCAGAGAGUGCAGCUGAUCUCAAGAAGUUGGACAGAAGGCGGUGCGACAUGUACGCAUUGGCUUGCGUCUGUUAUGAGAUGUUUACUGGGAUGUGCCCAUUUAAAAACUGGCCCGGGAAUCCCAAGCCCUUAGUACUGAGGGGACACCGGCCAGAGCGGCCACGUGAGACCCACCAAGUGUUAGACGACUUUAUGUGGAGUCUCAUAGAAGCCCUGUGGAAACAUAAACCGGAAGAACGACUAACAGCAGAACAAGUGUGCGAACGAAUCUCUCACAAGAUGGAUACUGAGAAGAAAAAUACCGAGCGCCCGUCCACUGAAGUGGAGUGGGAUGUAGGUUUUCUGGCUGAUGCCGCCGUGAUGAUGGUGACAGAAAAUCCUUUCGCGCUUGCGCAUACGUAGGCUUGAACUCGUAUGUACAUAAGUAUGUUGUAUAAUUGUGUUGGCCA